GUCGCGCCUGGGGCAAUGGACAAGCAUUACUUCAUCAUAAGGAAAAUGAGUCAUUCCUCAAAUGCAGCAGACACCCGUAUUCCAAAAUCAGAUAAUCAACAGCCAAGAAAAGGCCACAAAGCACAUUUUCUAAAUGUUGCAAAGGCAAAACGACUAGAAAUUUCAGCUCGGAAAAUACAGAAAUCUUGGUUCACUUAUAUGGACAAAGUAAUAUUUCAACUCCUAAAACAUACAGUUUGUGCAGCGGAACAUUAUGUGACAUAUGAAAUUCUGAAGAAAGUGAGCCCCUUAGAGGCUGAACUUAUUAAAGAUCCUAGCAUGAAGUGUAAAGUCAGAUUCAGAUUUAGUGGUGAAAGGUUUCCACCUUUUAUCGUUUUUAAAAUUUUUCUGCAUACUGAAGGUCGUGGUUACAAGUAUUUCAGUGGAAAAAAUUUAUUACAGCCAUCAAAUGAGGCAAUGGUUGAUGCUUGCAAGAUAAUGGGGAAAAAGAAAUUUUAUCAACAAAUUAUGGAAGAUGAACAUAUUUUCCAGAAGUUCAAAGUAACUGAUCAUGUAGAUAUUGUGACCAUGCAAGAUUACAUGCAGUAUUCCAGUCUCCUGGAUGAGACCCCUGCGUCAUCUGGUGGCAGGAAUAACCACUGGCGAAGAUUAAACCUCGAAAACAUUCCCAGGACAAUGAUGAUAUAUGACAUAGUUGAUUAUGCAGAGUCUGGAGUAAUCUCAAACCGUUUACAAAAAGAAAUGAAGUAUCUGUUACAGAGACCACGGACAGAAGAGAUGCGUCAGCACCAGCUAAAGAUUGUUUCUCAAGUUAGGUGUCCAUCCUUUGCAAUUAUGCAGCCUUUAUUACAGCCCUACCAGCAGCAAAGUGAAAUGAAACCUCCAGGUCGUCGAUCCAAGCAAGCUUGAAUGAAAGUUGAAAAAAUGAGAAAAGCUUAUAAGAUGGCUAAAAACAUGAAUGCUUCUGAGGUGACCGAACUGCAAAAGAAUGCAGCAAGUGCAAAGAAACAAGAGACAAUCAUCAUCUCUACCCCUUCUUUUGACAUUGUGAAAGUU